AUGAACAACUUUACCGGCUUUUCCGAUUUGUGCAUUCCAGAGGCUCCAACGGCAGAACUAGAACCAAUCAUACGUGAAGCGAUAGAGUUAGGAUAUCGCAAUGUUGCCAUCGAACAAAAGCUGGACGUUACCAAAGGUGAAGGUGCCUCAAACAAACACGAAGUUGUCCCGAGAGCAUAUUGCUUGAAAGCUUUAAAGGCCUCUUUCGGGGGACAAAUUCGUCUGCUCAACCGGUUGACUGUAAUCUUUUCCGAUACGUCCGUGUCGUUGGCGCUAAAUAGAUCAACUAAUAUUCGCAGCUAUAACGUGAUAGCCGCUUUGCCUACAAGCGAAUCCAGCUUUCAAUACGCUUGCCAAACGAUGGCUUGUGAUAUCGUAACGUAUAGCAGCAGUACGAUCCGUAUGCGAAUGGCACGCAAAUUUUACUACCUAGCUGUCGAUCGAAACAUUGCAUUCGAGCUGAAGUACGCUCCGGCAAUAGUGGACUCGAACGAACGGAAAGCCACCAUCGCCCGUGCUCAUCGGUAUCAUUCUUACGGAAAAUCCAAAAACGUGUUGAUUUCCAGUGAAGCAAGGAAUCCGUUCCAGCUGAGAAGUCCGUACGAUAUAGCGAACCUUGGGCUAAUCUUUGGCCUGACUGAAGAACAAUCGAAGGAAUCGAUUAGAGGAAUUCCCAACCGGAUAUUGCUUUCCGCUGAAGGACGGCGGUUCGGCAAGGCGGGUGUAGUUAUUGCACGACGCAUAAAGCCCGCUGAGGAUAGUGAUGAUUAUUCCGACUCGGAGCUGGAAGAGGAUAUCAAUGACGAUGACAAUGAGGCAGAAGGGUCCGUACAGGAAGAGGACGUGGAUGACGGUGAUAGUACUGGCGAGGAAGAUGAAGCAGAAAAGGAACAACCGCCGAAAAAAAUAGCUAAACAUGAGCAAUAA